GCUGCGAUCACGGAAUUCGAAAAGAGGAUAACCAAUCAUAAGAAUCUGAGGGCAUGAUCUUUUCUGUAAGCGAGACAUGGCGGCUAAUGGCAAAGACCAUCCCUUUGAAAUUGUUUCCAAAGUUUGGCCCAUCAAAACUGCAAAAUGUGAACACAGAAAGGUGGAAGUUUUUAAUCGAGCAGAUCCAGAGCAACUGAAGGAAAUAUUUUUGAAAUAUGCCAGUGUUGUGGAGGAUGGAGAACAUUAUAUGACCUAUAGAGAUCUUAUUCAGAAGUACUUAAACUUUCUGGGCGAGAAUUGCGAUGAGUUCACCCUCAAAUUAUUUGCUUCCAGCGUAGACACUUCUAGAGAUGGGAAGAUUUCGUUUACAGAGUUCCAGGCUUUUGAGGCUGUACUGUGCCUGCCUGAUGCCAUGUAUGCUCUGGCCUUCCAGGUGUUUGACAGAAAUGGAAAUGGGUAUCUCUCCUGCGAUGAAUUUGAAGAUAUCAUAAAACACACAACACUGAACAGGGAAAUACCAUUUAACUUCAGUAGCGAGUUUAUAAAACUUCACUUUGGGAAAGACAAGCAAAGAAAAAUUACAUAUCCAGAGUUUACACAGUUAAUUCAUGAUUUUCAUGAGGAACACGCUUUACAAGCUUUUCGGAGGCGAGAUAAAGGAGACACAGGCUACAUCAAUGCUAAGGACUUUGAGGAAAUCAUGUGCAAAUUAAAAAGUUACCUCUUGACCCCAUUUGUCAAAGAAAACCUGGUCACAGUGGCGAUGGGAGGGGGACACAGACAGAUCAGUUACUCCUACUUUACUGCUUUCGUGUCCUUAUUAAACAACCUAGAGCUGGUCCAGAAGGUUUACCUGGCCUGUACACGACGUGACAAAACUAUGGAGGUUACCAAAGAGGAGAUGUUGUACCAAGCCCAGGAAUUUGCUCAAAUUACACCGCUCGAGAUUGACAUCUUGUUCCAGCUCGUUGGACUGAAGCAUCAGACGGGGAGGGUAACUUUUGAAGACAUCACAGACUUGUCCCCAGCGGAAGGGAGGGAGACACCAUAUUCUAUUCAAAUGAGGAUAGCACAGGAGAAGUUAGCGUUGGAACAAGGAACAGAGAGGACCAUUUUUCUGGAAGUCCUAGAGAGUGUCUACAGAUUUACCCUGGGUUCUAUCGCUGGAGCUACCGGAGCGACAGCAGUGUACCCAAUAGAUCUGGUGAAGACUAGGAUGCAGAACCAGAGAACAGGUCCGAUGGUAGGGGAGUUAAUGUACAAAAACAGCUGGGAUUGCUUCAAAAAGGUGAUCCGUCACGCAGGGAGUGCUGGGGUUAUACCGAGGUCUGGGACCCCAGCUCGUAGGGGUGUGUCCAGAGAAGGCCAUCAAACUUACG